AGAGACUUUCUUGAAAUAAUGUAUGUGUCAUAUUUCAUGAUGACUGUCAGUCAGUGAUCAGGAACUAAAGCUGUUGGAUAUUUUAACUAUUGUUCUUCGUGUUUCUUACUUUAUUUCAAGAGAAGAAAGUAGUGAAAAUACUUGUGUAGGAUUGCAGAUUGCACACCACAAUGCAAUUGCUAAGUGCAGCCCUCUGUGGCUUCCUAAUUAUUGGUGCUGCCCUGGCCUCACCCAUAAUUGAUGCGAAGGAUAAAGGUAUCGAUAGAAAUUGCUCCAAAGGACCCAAGCUCUGGUGUGAAAAUCUCAUAACGGCCAAAGCCUGCAAUGCCGUGACUCACUGCAUUCAGACGGUCUGGGAGAAGCAAAAUGCCCCCGUGGACAAUGAUUCAAUCUGCAAGAUUUGCUUGGAUAUGGUGGAACAGGCCCGUGAUCAAUUGGAGAGCAAUGAGACGCAGUCGGAUCUCAAGGCUGUUUUUGAGGGAUCAUGCAAUUUGAUUCCCAUCAAGUUGGUGCGCAAGGAAUGCGUGAAGAUGGCUGAUGAUUUUGUGCCUGAAUUGGUGGAGGCUCUGGCAUCUCAGAUGAAUCCACAGAUGGUAUGCUCAGUGGCGGGAUUAUGCAACAAUGCCAACAUUGACAAAUUGCUGGAGAUGGAGCAAUCAUCUUCGGAGGUUGAUGAACUCGUGCCUCGUGUGGAGUCUGAAGAUGCGGAUGACUUCACCUGUGAUCGUUGCAACAAGAUUGCUGGGGAGAUUGCUAAGAAAUUCACAGAUGCUGAUCGUGACACGGUUCUGGAGAAUAUGCUGCUCUAUUGUGGGAAGAUGUCAUCCUUCUCGGAUGCCUGCUCUAGCAUAGUUUUGAGCUACUUCAAUGAAAUCUACGAUCACAUGGUGAAGAACUUCAAUAAGGACAGUAUCUGCCAUAUCAGUGGAGUCUGCUCCAAUAAAUUCCACUCCCAUCCGGACAUCGUUGAGAUCCGUCCAAUGGCCAAUGUUGGCGUCGUUCCAGUCAAGGAUGACAUUCCCUGUGAACUCUGUGAGCAACUCGUUCGUCAUCUACGGGAUGUCCUAAUUGCCAAUACCACCGAGGAUGAGUUCAAGAUGGUCCUGGAAGGACUCUGCAAGCAAACUGGAGCCUUCAGCGGAGAGUGUUUGAGCAUUGUCGACCAGUACUAUGAUAAUAUCUACAAUACUCUGGUCAAUGAGCUGGAUGAGAAGGGAGCUUGCUUCCUCAUUGGCAUCUGCCCGAAGGGAGUCGCAGGUUUCAAUGAACACGCACCCAUCAUGCCACUCCUUCCGACCCUUCAGGCCCAGGAAAUCCAUGCAACUCUCAAAAAGAUUGGACCAGCUCCCCCGAAGAAGCUCCUCGGAGACGGAGAACCUCAGCUGACCAAUCAGGAAAUCAACAACAUGCAAUUGCCUAUUGAUCGUCUGAUGGGUCCACAGAAUUCCUUCUAUCUCGUCAACAACGGGCAAUGGUGCAUGCUCUGCGAAUAUGUCAUGCACUUCCUCCAGGACGCGCUCUCAUCCCCUGACAAUGAGGAAAAGAUCAAAGAUGAAGUGAACAAAGUUUGCGACAAGAUUCCCCGAACCUUUUCGCCUGAAUGUCACAAUUUCAUCGAAGUCUACGGAGAUGCCGUCGUUGCUCUUCUGGUCCAAGACAUUGAUCCGAACGUUGUUUGCCCACAACUUCACAUGUGCCCAAGUCGCAGGCAGGAAGACGUUGAAAUCUUCGCUCCGGACAAUCUCGAAAUUACAGUUGACAUCUCAAACACCGGUGCCGACAAGCCGAUGUGCCCCCUCUGUCUUUUGGCUGUGAAGGAUCUCAAGGAAGCAAUUGAGAGUGAUAAGUCCAAAGCAAACAUUAUGCGUAAUCUCGAAACCCUCUGCAACCAUCUGCCUCAGAAAUUGACUCCAGAAUGCAAAGACUUUGUCGAUACUUAUUCUUCCGAGCUUAUUGAUAUGCUCUUCAAUGACUUCAGCGAGCAGGAAAUCUGCGUGAACUUGCGUCUGUGCAAGGAUAACAAACCAAAGGUCCACAAGGAGCACAACGACAUCAUCACUAAUGAGAUUCCCGAUGACACGGUCAACGGGCAAUUUAUCACGGACAAUUAUUUCCCGCCAAAGCGCUACGAGACUACUCCUGAAUGCCUCUUGUGCGAACGUGUGAUCACUGAGGUGGAGAAGAAGGUGGUCAACAAGAAGUCCAAGGAACAAAUCAAACAUGCUCUGGAACAUGCUUGCGACAAAGUUAAGAAAUUGAGAGAGAAAUGCUUAGAUUACGUUGAGAAGCAUGGAGAUCAAAUUGCUGAAUUGAUUAUGAAGGAUUUGGCGCCAAAGGAGAUCUGUCACAUCCUCGGCUACUGCUUCUUCCAUCCUGAAGAAUACAACAAUGAACCUGAUUUGGAAAUUGACGAAGCAAUCUCCAUCACGGUUAUUGCUAAACCUGCUGCACCUGCGAAGCUUGAAUCCUCUCCCCUCCGAGACUCCAAUCAGUGUACACUGUGUCAGUUCAUCAUAACGCAACUGGAGAAGGAUCUGAUCAACAAGAAAACAGAGGAUGAGGUAAAGAAAGCCGUAAUGACCGUCUGCGAGAGAUUACCGAAGAAAUUUGCUCAGCAAUGCGAUGAAUUCGUCAAUCGAUAUGCCGAAAUUAUCCUCUCAAUCCUGGCCACAGCUCCUCCAAGUGAGGUCUGCAAGAAGCUUGGAUUGUGUUCUCAGACCAAAGUUGAACUGCCUCCGCAGUAUGUCGAAAGCAAGAAGGAAGUAACCGAAUGUGCCAUUUGCCAGUUUGUAAUCAUCGAACUGGACAAACUGCUGAGUGAUCCGCAAAUCGAAAAGGACGUUGAGAAGCUUGGAUAUAAAAUCUGCUCCAAGAUUCCAUCCAAAUUCUACGGACAGUGCAAAGAAAUGAUGGAUAUCUACGGACACAGCUUGAUUAACUUGAUCCUGGCCAAGAGCGACCCGGAGAAGAUGUGCGAAAAAAUCGGAAUGUGUUUCGCAGGUGAAAAUCCGGGAUUCGUUCAAUUGUUCGAUGGCGGCAUCACUCCAAGGGAGAGUGAUGUGGAGCCCAUUGAGCCCCAGAAGGAAAUCAAAGUCCAGCCUUAUCUCGUGGGAGACAAUGAAUGUACUUGGGGACCAUCCCAUUGGUGUGCAAAUGAAGAGAAUGCUAGAAAAUGCAACAUGAUGGAUCACUGUGCUGAGAAGUACUGGAAAGAUGGCAAAGCAGGAGCGUAGAGGCAGAAGAGAAGGUGAUGGACUUUCAACAUAAUAAAUCUGUUGUUUACCCCUUUCUUACAAUAAUCUUCAUAGUGUUAUGAGAAUGAGGAAACUUAAUAAUUUUUACCAAAAAAAAAAAUGAAAAUCAAGAUAAAUAAAAUAUUUUAACUAUUAAUUUUAGCACAGUCCUUAUACGGUUAUAAGAGGUUUUUAUGAUUUCUAAACAAGAAAUAGUUCUGUACAGUGUAAUUGAGAAGAUGUAUAGAGGAGGAAAAUGUUUAUAUUUUGCAAGAUGAGGAAAAAAAAUGAGAGAUUCAGCUGUAUUUUUAUCGCUCUAAAUAUCGAUGACUGUGACGAUGUAGAUUCAUGAAUGUAAAGGAAUAAGUCGAGAGAUUGAAAUAAAACUAUUUGGAUUUUU